AUGUCGGCGUUCGAGCGCGCAAAGUGGAAGACAACCGACGGGGAGAAGUUUACAGAUACAGUCAACCGGCUACAGAAUGCGACGAAUCUUCUACGGGGUACGCUGCGGAUGACGCGUGAAGUCCAGCUCCACCGCAUGGCGGAGACGAAUCCCAAAAUGGCCAAGGAAGAAGCCAGAGAGACUACGGCGGAGACAAUGAAGGCGAACGCGAAACCUGACACUUGCCGGAAUGGUGCCGGAUGUCGUGUCAUAGAGUGUAAGUAUAGCCAUCCUGAUGCGGAGCCCUGUCGGUAUGGGGCUGGUUGCACCAAUUCCAACUGUCGAUUUCGCCAUCCGAAAUCGCGACUAUGCCGCAACGGAGCCGGCUGUAGGAAGCUGGGAUGUACAUUCGCCCACCCGGAGGCACCCGACUGCCGGUAUGGAGUUGGCUGCACGAAUACUCUCUGCUCGUUCAAGCACCCCAGCGUCCCUGCUUGUCGGGAUGGUGCCAAUUGCAUGGUGGACAAAUGUAAAUUCUUCCAUCCCGAAGUCAAACCGUGCCGGUUUGGAACACGGUGCACCAACAAGAACUGUACUUUUCGCCAUCCACCACCCCCUUAUACAAAGGAACCGACCGCGUCUGCGAAAUCGAUGGAUGACAAAGAGUCCAAGGAACCGAAAAGCUCGGAAAAGGAAGUUCGCAGAAAGCUAAAAGAAAGCCCAAAGUGA